AUGCAGGUGCUGCACCUGUACCGGCAGCUGCUGCGCGUGACAAAGGGUGCCCGAGAUCCGGCUGCUCGAGCGGAGCUGCGGCACGAGAUCCGACAGCAGUUUGACGCGCACCGGGGGCCCCAGGAGCAGCACUCUGUGCGGUUCCUGCUCAGCGACGGCAGGCUGAAGUUGAAGCAGCUGGGGGAGAUGCUGGGCAUGCAGCAAUAA